AUGCUACUCAUCAAUGUAUCUCCAAUACUAUUGGUAUUAAUAAUGAUGUCGACUGCUGAUUUAGUUUCGUCAAUCAAUUGUGCAAUAUACAAAUCAGACAAAGAAAUAAUCUUCUCUCUUCCUUUUUUGGUCUUUAUUAAUCCCGAUAAACGGGAAAAUCUAACCUAUGCAAUGGUGGAUGAUUCAGGUGGAGUAACUGAACUUCAUAUAUUUCAACAAAGAUUCAUUCCUUUUUCAAUCUUCUGCUUGACUCAAUUGAAAACACUAUCAAUCAUAUCUUCAAAAUUCGAUAUUCCACCGGAAAUCAGUCGACUUUCUUCUACUUUAAAACAAUUAACCAUUCUCAAUCUUCCAAAACCACAGAAAACUCUUCCAGCUGAAUUACUUAUGUUACAUAAUUUAACCAUGCUGAAUCUUAGUAAUUGCGGCAUUGAAAUAGUUUCUGAUGCAAUCGCAAACUUAACUAGAUUGAGAAUACUCAAUCUUAAAGGAAACAAACUAUUUGAUUCACUUCCAAGUGCCAUAAAACAGUUACGGGCACUCGAAAUAUUAGAUAUAAGCGGCAAUUCUUUGAUUAAUUCACUUGAUGUACUCAAUGGUUCAACAUCGCUAAGAGAAUUACGAGCCGCUGAUUGUGGAGUUGAUCAUUUACCAUUAUUCUUGCCUUGUUUAUCUACUUUAGAUAUGAGUGGAAACAAACUAACUUCAUUAGUUGGAAUCGAAACUCCUGCGAUACCUGGUUGGUACACAUGCACAGGAGAAAAGUAUAUGCUAUCUACUCCAGGCAUGCUCCACAGCUCGAAUUUAACUGAGUUUGACUUCUCUAACAACAAACUAAUGACUGUGCCAGAAGAAAUUUAUGGUCUUCAAUAUUUACGAAAGAUUAAUCUCAAGAAUAAUCAAAUCAACAUUCAAGAACGUGAAUGGAUUAUCGGUCGUUUCCGUGGAAACUACAACCCAGAACUUGCGAUUAUCAUAUGA